GCGAUUGUAUAUUCUCGGAAACGACGACUUCCGAACGUAUAUAUAAACAAGUAAAAUGGCUACGGCCAUACCAGUCUCACCGUCCACACCACGCAGGAUAUAUAGUUUAUGUAAUAUUUGUUGUCUGUGCGAGUUUUCAUUUCUAAUAAAAGAAGUUGAUCGAAACGGUACUGCGACAUGGAAGAAGCUUUCGAAGCUGAAACUUAGGCUGACCGAUGAGAAAAAGGAUACCAUACAGAAGAUCAUCGAGUUGCCGCCACACUCGGAGGGAGUUUGUGUUAAAUGUUUCGCGAAAGUCGAGAAAAUCAUUAAAUAUAAAAAAGAAAUCGAUAACAUCAUAUCCGUUUUCAGGGAAAGUAGGCCCAGGUUCAAAGCCAAAACUCCGAGUUCAUCAACUAGAAAGAAAAGAGUUUUAAGAUCACCGCAGGUGUGUCUUCCUGAAUCCAAACAUGUUUGCAAAGACCCUGAGCGCACUUCUGAAAUGACAAUUCCUAUUAUUUCACAGCCUACUGAAUUGCUACAAGAUUCUCUUUCCAAGCAAAACAAAGGAGUUUUAGAGGAAGGUAUAGUGACUGUAAGAGCAUGUACUUAGCUUGCAUCCUAUUUAGAAAUUCAAAAACUGUGUAUUGCUUAUUUAGAUCU